AUGCAACAAUCCAAGUUCGUGGUAGUCGAAGUGACUACCACGACCUCCACCAUGACCUUGAUACAGUAUCUGGUGAGUAGCGAGCGCAACGCCGCCUUGUGUGCGUGUGUGUGCUCAAUUUUACGAUUUCGACGACUGAAGAAUAAAUCGAACCCCCGCGCAUUUCAGAUCACCAACGGGUUUGAUAAAUUCGCCGUCGUCUCAGAUCUCUCUGAUCAUCCGUCGCUGAAGUACAAAGUCACCUCUUCAAAUGCUACUAGUCCAUCUCAGAAUCAGCAGAAUAACGGGGUGGAGAAGCAGUCAGCGAGCAGCGCUUCCGCCACAGCCACAGAUCGAAAUGGUAAACCGAAAGCGUCGAUUAACGAGAUCGCCUCCGCCCUCUCGAAGAAGUAUUCGCCAUCGCAAUCAAAAAAUGGCUUCUGUGGGGUAAGUGCAUGUGUGCGUUGUGAUCGUGUCCUUCAGAAAACAGGGAAACAUGCCAUGAUUGAGAUUUGCGUCAUGCACACGUACGAUUAG